AUGGCAGCAGAUGGUUCGAUUCACCCAUCUCGCUCCGUACGUUUCGCGAGCACCAACGACUUGCAUUCUCCCAAUUCGCCUCCAUCGAGCGCUUUAUUCUCCUACGAUGUUUCGGACGAGUCGGCUGACGAGGGGGAUGCUCUUUCCGGCACUGGCAAUCGAAAAGGAGAAGCGAGCGCAAGUGGGAAACGAUUUCAAUCAAGUGGAGGUGGUGGAGGGGUAACGACAUUGGGAUUGAAAAGUACGACUUCUUCUAAAGAGGCGCAGUACGAUGCGGAUAGCGAUGAGCUGGGAGAUGAAGAUCUGGACGCUUUGAGCGUCUCUGCAGCUACGUUGAAUCAAAAUCCAUCUUCACGAGGUGGUGCGGGAUCAGGUCGGGGUCGAUCAGCUGGUACCUCCCCAGCAUCAGGCUUGGCAUCAACAUCAACAUCGGAAUCCAGAUCCAGAUCCAUACCCCUCAUAGAUCGUAUACCUCUGCCUGCUGCCUUGUCUAGACACUCGACCGAUGGCAUAACUGAAGGACUGGUGGAGAUCAGGAAUCAGCUGAGGGAUAUCGAGCUGCCGGACUGGCUCAGAAGAGGAGCUGGAGUCUUCGAAGCGACUGUCAAUAUGGCGAAUUCUAUCCUAGGUGCAGGAGUGGUCGGUGAGUGAAGCGUGCUGCGUCAGCUGCAGUGGUUCGGACGCGCGCUCUAUGACCGGCGCACGAUACUGCGAUUGCGCUUCGAGCUUUUCAGGGCAAAGCAGCUGUUUGUUCCCUGACCUUCUCAUCCCCUUGGACACAUCGGCCUCUCAUAGGUCUUCCCUACUCGCUUCGCACUUCCGGUUUCGUGGCAGGCCUCGGUCUCUUGGCAGGUCUGGCCUUAUUGACAGACUGGACCAUCCGUCUUAUUGUCCUCAACGCCAAAUUGAGCGGAAGAACGACGUAUAUCGAUAUCAUGCAGCAUUGCUUUGGAAAUCAUGGAAGAGCUGCCGUAUCUCUCUUCCAAUUCGCUUUUGCUUUUGGUGGAAUGUGCGCUUUCUGUGUAAGUGUCGAACGUGGCAGAUUCAGAACGCGAAGACAUUGGACGAUAUUCCAUGGCUCAUGCUGCAAUUCUCUGCUGGCUUCACAAUUGCAGGUCGUGAUUGGUGCGUCUUUCUAUAUGAUCGCAUCCGUUCCUAAUGUCCCAACAGGUCACAUAAUGAAGGUCUCUUGCACACAGGUGAUACUAUUCCGAGCGUGCUCAAACAGCUGCUGCCCUUUUUGGCAGACUCGUUCUUGACGGGUAGAAUGUUCAUCAUCACAAUCUGCACGCUAGGCAUCUCCUACCCGCUAUCGCUCUAUCGAGACAUCGAGUCUCUCAGUCGCGCUAGCGCAGUGGCCCUCUUUAGUAUGGUCCUGAUUAUUGUGGCCGUCAUUGUUAGGGGGCCAGCGAUGCCUCCUGAAUUGAAGGGAGAUCCUGCUCAAAGGGUGAGUUAUAGUCGGCAGGAAGACUUAAUCGCGUGGCGCGCUUCUCGGCUAACAUCAUGAUCACGUGGCUGGACCUUCAGUUCACCAUCAUUGCCCCCAGCGGCAUCGUACGCUCCAUCGCAGUCAUUUCCUUCGCUUUCGUCUGCCACCACAAUUCGCUGCGUGAGUAUAUGUUUUGGGUGGUAGUGCUGCGGCGAAGCUGCUUGCUGACCUUGACCCUGAGCGCGCGGCAAGUCAUCUACGGCUCGCUCAAGGAACCAUCCAUGGAUAAGUUCCAGCGAGUGACGCACUACAGCACAGCUAUUGCUGCUAGUGCUGCCAUCGCGAUGAGCAUCGCUGGAUACUGGUCCUUUACAGACAAGACUUUGAGCAAUGUCCUUGUGAGCUGUUCGCGCGAGCUGCACACAAGCUUGCUUUGCUAAAUUCACGUCAGCUCAUUCCUCGUCGCCGCUCCCUCUGCUUGCAGAAUAACUUUCCUCACGAAGACACAAUGGUCAACGUGGCUCGAUUUCUGUUCGGCGUCAACAUGUUCACCACGCUACCGUUAGAAGCCUUUGUAGCUCGCGAAGUGCUCGAGACCUACUUUUUUGCGGGCGAAUUUGAUCAGACCCGGCACAUCAUCUUCACCUCUGCCCUCGUCGUUUCGGCCAUGAUAGUCAGCCUAUCUACGUGCGAUUUGGGAAUAGUGCUGGAAUUGACAGGGGGUCUGAGCGCUACAACCCUCGCCUUUAUUUUUCCAAGCAUCUGUUUUCUCAAGCUGGCCAACGAUAGCUCGUCCAGCGCAAGGGUGGAUCGAGUCGUGCCAGAGCUGACGAGCGAGAGCAAUACGACUUCUCGAGGACGGACGAGCAGAAGAUCGGGUGGUGAUGGAGAAAACGAGGAGAGCGAGGAUGAGGAUGCGCAACUGAGCGAUUUGGAAGGCGAAGCGGGAAUGAACGAGGCGGAUUUGACUGUGGAUGAGAUGGAAUUGCCACUCAGACCGGGAGCUAGAGCUAGGCAGCGACCACCCGGAUCUCAAAAGAGACCAUGGUGGGCCUCUACCAAACCUUUGGCCGUCGUCACUGCCCUCUUUGGGCUUGCGGUUCUCGUCAUCAGCGGUAAGUCUUGCGGGCGCUUGUCCAACUCGCAAUCAACGCUCAGCAACCACGCGCCAGACGCGAUUACCUUGCAAGCUUACACAUAUUCUUCAUGGGUCUGGUUUCACAGUCCUGCAAGCUUUGGGCGAUGCGGCUGAGGGACGUGCUGGGGCCGUACAUCAAUGCUAG